CAUCCGUUUCUAGCUCCCCUCUCACUGCUACUAUCGAUCUCCAUCAUUCCCUCUCUCUCUCUCUCUUCCCCCUUGCUGCUGCUAGCUACGGAGUACCUUGCUUGGUGUAAAGAAAAGAUGGUUCCCCUUUCCGCCGUGGCUGCUAGCUAGCUAACUAGCAAACCCAUCCUCUCUCACAUCACAUCCUGCUUCCCCUCCACCCUACCUCCUUUUCUGCAGCCCCCGCCCAAAUAAACAACCUUCCUUGCUUGCUUUCUUGCCUGAUUGAUAUAUUGCUAGCUCUCCAUUCUCCUAGCUAGCGAACUGGCAGAUCGACCCAGCCUGUGUCUGUCUUCAACGACAUGUACCCGUGUAGCUAGAUGAUUGCUACAUCAGCCGGCGUUCCUUUACUUGCUGUGAAUUGAUUGUGGAAGCAAGGGAAUUAUUGAGCGGUUGGCGAACCUCUCUCGCUUGCUUGCUUGUGCCGAGCAUCCACUAUAGAGAAAGAGAGAUCGGCCGGAGGAAGAGGUAGAGAACCCUAGCUAGCGAGCAAGCCUCGCCGCGAUGUGCGACUACUUCCUCCAGCGGAUGGAGGGCGACCAGGCCGGCGGAGGUGGGGACCUCACUGACAUCGUGCGGGCCGGCGGCGCGAUGCCGGGCAACAGCGACGGCGACCUCCCUUCCACGGCCGCCGAGUGGCAGCUGCAGCCCGCCGGCCAGCCGAUGCUGUUCCCGCCCCUGCCGUCGUCGUCGGACGGCGCCGACGUCUUCGGUGACCCUUUCGCGGGGCUCGGUGACCCCUUCAGCAGCGACUACUCGUCCGGCGCCGCCAACUUCCUCGACGGCAUACCGGAUGCCAUGGCCAAGGUCGGCUUCGACGGCGGAAUGAGCGCCUGCGGAGGAGGCCGAGGCGGCGAACAGAUGUUGGACAUGGGCAGGAAGCCGCUCUUGCCGAGGGGGAUGCAGCAGAUGAUGCCGGGGGGUAUCGGUGGCGGGAUGGGGCCGAGGCUCAUGCCGUCGCCGCUGUCGCCGAUAGCGAUACGCCCGUACCCGGCCAUGACCACUGGCGACAUGAUGAAGCUCGGCAUCACGGCUGGGCAGGCGGCCGGGUGCGCCAUCGACGCCGCCGUCGCCGGCAUGCAGAUGUCGUCGCCGCGCAACAGCGGCGGGAUCAAGCGCAGGAAAAACCAGGCGAGGAAGGUGGUCUGCAUCCCGGCGCCGACAACGGCGGGAUCAAGACCAACUGGGGAGGUGGUUCCUUCUGAUCUCUGGGCAUGGAGAAAGUACGGCCAGAAGCCCAUCAAGGGCUCUCCUCACCCAAGAGGGUACUACAGAUGCAGCAGCUCGAAAGGGUGCUCGGCACGGAAGCAGGUCGAGCGCAGCCGGACUGACCCCAACAUGCUCGUCAUCACCUACACCUCCGAGCACAACCACCCAUGGCCGACCCAGCGCAACGCGCUCGCCGGCUCAACCCGGUCUCAUCACGGCAAGAACGGCAGUGGCGGCGGGGGCAGCGGCUCAGGUUCCAAGAGCUCACAGAAUGUUAAGCAACCACAGCCAAAUAAUGUCAAGGAAGAGAGAAAGGAUCAUCAGACAGCGACGACGACUAGCACAGUCACUACCACAACCAGUACAUCUCCUAUGAUCGUGAAGGAGGAGACCAUGACAUUGGCCCGUUCAUCGGAUCAGUCGUUGGUGAGAGACCAGAGAUCCGUGGACACGGCGGCCGGAGUACAGCAGGUAGACCACAGUGAGCUCAUGGACCAUGUGUUCACCGAGAGCUACAGGCCGAUGAUGGCGGAGUCGGGCCAACACGAGGACUUCUUCGCUGAUUUUGCCGACCUCACCGAGCUGGAGUCGGAUCCCAUGAGCCUCAUCUUCUCCAAGGAGUACAUGGAGGCCAGGCCAAGCGGUAAUGGCCAUCAUGUCCAGGAGAAGGCAGCUGUGGCCAAGGAGUUGGAUCCGUUCGACAUGCUAGAUUGGUCCACUGCUUCUACAGCAGGGAGCACGUCUGAGCUAGGGAAGAGAAGCUAAAUUAAUCUGUGCUUUGAUCGGCGCAAUGCGCAGAAGCAGGGUUUACGCAUACGGUUACACACGCACACUACUUGAUCUCCAGCUAAAUAACCUUGAAGAUUAACUACCACAAGGGAAAGCAAGGAAGAAAGAUGAGAGUUUUUUCACUUUUUUAAUUUUCUUUUGUUUGUUCUCGGUUUCUUCUUAUUAUUGUUUGUGACAGAGAUUGAUUUUUUUGUUGAAGGUCUAGGAUAUAUAUGAACCUUGUUUUCUUAGGUUUGUGCAGCUUGUACUCAUGCAUGCGAUGAGGAUCGUCUAUCUCUCGAUACUACUAUCCUCUUGCAGCGAUAUGUAUGUGUGUUUCUAGCGUGAUUAUGGUUAUCUAACAGAAUAUUUAA